UGGAGGGUGGAUGGUAGUAUGUAAUUUACCCAUUCUUGUGAUUUCCGUAUGCUGGUUCGACCCUUCUGCAUAUUUUUGCUUCGUCCUCUGUUUUACCGCUAAAAUAUUUUCAUAGCCUUCUCAGUUCUCUUCGAAAUCCCGGUUCUUCUUCGAUGUUGAUGUUAAAUAGAUAAUCAUGAAGCUUUAAUUGUUGAAGAAAAGAGGCUUCGUUCCGUUUUUGGCACAACGAAGAAGAAGUUACAGACCAGAAUACUGAGAAGAAGAAGGGGCUAUGGAAACAUGGAACAUGACGGGAGGAAGAAAAAUUCUGGGUCUCCACAUGAAUUCGGAAACCCGGGAUUGUCGACUUUCUAAUAUCUGAGAAUCUGCCUUACUAUUGUUUCUAAAGUUAGAGCUAUUAUUGGGUUGAUUUCUGGAACCGGUUCUACAUAACAUAAUCCAAUCCAAACACUCGUGAAUCAUGCAAACUAUCCGAACGGCCUUUUAGGGUUUUAUUCUUUUAUCAGUCUCUCUAACUCUCUCAGUAGCCGAAAAAGAAAAGCGGAAUUGCAGAGUUCUUACUUCGUAGGUUGGUAUGAUUUGCAUAUUAGAAAUGGAUUUAGAUGACAUGUAAGGCUUCCAUCAACCUUAAAAGACAUGGGGAAUGCUGAGACUGAUGAUACUGAGGAGCAGCCCCCUGCUAGCAGCCCUGCCACAGUUUUUCCUGAUUGGACUUCAUUUCAGGCUUAUUAUAAUUCUGCUGGAGCCUCUCCAGUACCCCCGCCUGGGUUCUUUCAUUCUCCUGUUGCAUCCAGUCCUCAAGCUCAUCCAUACAUGUGGGGGCAGGUAUCUUCACAUAAUCCCUCCAUAUGGCACACCACCACCACCAUAUGUUACCAUGUAUACGCAUGGAGUCUAUGCCCAUCCUUCUAUCCCUCUGGGAUCCCAUCCAUAUAGCCCCUAUACAGUGCCCUCUUCAAAUGGAAUGGCUGAAGCUUCUGUUCCUGGAGCUAAUGGUAAGCAAGGUGAACAAAAGAGCAAGAUUCCUGUAAGGAGAUCCAAGGGAAGUUCAGCAAACUUGGAUAUGCUUGCAGGCAAGGAUAAUGAGACAGGGAAAGCAUCUGGUGCAUCUGCUAAUGGUGGCUUGUCACAUAGUUGUAGUGGGAAUGAUGGCUCAUGUGAAGGAAGUGAUGUCAAUUCUCAAGAUGGUUCUCAGCACAAGCCAUUGGGUGAACAAAGUUCUGUAGAGGCUGGGACCCUGAAUGGAAGCUCUGCAUGUAGUGUAUCAAGCAGGACUAUGUGGACACCUCCAGCACAAGCCAUGUUGAACCAAGGUAUGGUUAUGGCUGUUCCACCAAUAUCUGUUUCUGGUCCAACAACAAAUCUGAAUAUUGGCAUGGACUACUGGGGAGGAUCUGCACACUCUUCUAGUGCUACGACCAGAACAAAACUGCCUGUCAUUCCUGCUUCAGCAGCGUUACUUUCCUCUAGUGAAAUGGAUGAAAGGGAGCUUAAAAGGCAAAGGAGGAAACAGUCAAACAGGGAAUCAGCACGACGUUCAAGGUUGAGGAAACAGGCUGAAUGUGAAGAACUUGCCCAGCGCGUGGAAACAUUGAAGGAGGAAAAUAGUUCAUUCAGAAAAGAAUUGGAACAUUUACGGGAGGAAUGCGAGAAACUAGCAUCAGAGAAUGCUUCUCUUACUAGUACCUUUGGAGAAAGUCACAGAAGUCUGCAAGAAUGGUCCAUGGCCAAAUGUCUCCUCAAUUUGUUCUCAGCCACGACUCCUGAUGUGCUUUUUUGUGACUUCAGAAUCAACUAUGGAUGCACCUCCAUUGGAAAUCCUUGUCAUUUGCAUUCUUACAAGAUGCUAAUGAUCAUAUUGUUCCAGUUUUGGCCUACUGCUUUUUUUUUGAGCAGAUUGGCUCUCUCUAUGGAAUAUUCCAUUACUGAAAAAAAGAUGCUAACGGUUUUCAUUUCUAGGGUUCCACUUGUAUCUAAGUUGAUUCAGCUUGAUUUGCACUUGAACUACUCGUGCAGGAAUUGGUUCCAAUCAAAUCGUCCAAAACACUUACGACUUAACCCAUGAUUCUAUAAUUUGUCCGCUUGCCAUCCAGUAUUUUUUGACAGACAUGGUCCAUUAUAGGUGCGCCCCUCUUUCAAAUGGCAAAGACUGCAGAAGGUAUUGUUUCCCUGAUAGCAUGUAAAUUCUUUAUUGGCAAAUUAUUACUUUUUCUACUUUUACUUGACAUUCCCAAUAGAAAACAUUAAUUCUGAUUGAAUAAUAAAGAAAAACGAUGGAACUACUUUUGAAUCAUAAUUUCCAUCAUCA